AUGGUGAGAGACAGCUUCGAUUUUUAUCUAGACCACGGGUUCUAUGGUGGUUGCUGCUCCCAGGCCAGGGGUAGUGGCUUAGACUUCCUGUUCAUAUGGUGCCCUGUCACCAUUAGCUUUUGCCUUCUGCUCUGGGUAGCUGUAGCUAAUUUAUCUUCCUCUUGGAGAGGGGCCCAGGGUGUCGGCCAGGACCCGCCUGCUGCUCCUCCCACCAUGGUCCCGGACUCCCGGAACUGGGAGGGAUCGUUGGGAGGAGCCUGGGCGGAGGGGGGGCGCGGGGUAGUAGCCAACCCCGACCGUCUCCAGGAGACCCCAGAGGCCCCGUGGAGGCGAAGGCCGGACUGCCCGGGGCCACUGCCAGCCAGGCGCGUCCCGGGGUGCCUGGGGUGUGUUUACAUUGAAGAAGUUCUAAGUAAAUGGAAAGGAGAUUAUGAUAAACUGGAGCGCAACCACACUUACAUUCAAUGGCUUUUCCCCCUGAGAGAACAAGGCUUGAACUUUUAUGCUAAAGAAUUAACUACAUAUGAAAUUGAGGAAUUCAAAAAAACAAAAGAAGCAAUUCGAAGAUUCCUUCUGGCUUACAAAAUGAUGUUAGAAUUUUUUGGCAUAAAAUUGAUUGAUAAAACUGGAAAUGUUGCUCGGGCUGUUAACUGGCAGGAAAGAUUUCAGCAUUUGAAUGAGUCCCAACAUAACUAUUUAAGAAUCACCCGUAUUCUUAAAAGCCUUGGUGAGCUUGGAUAUGAAAGUUUUAAAUCUCCUCUAGUAAAAUUUAUUCUUCAUGAGGCUCUUGUGGAAAAUACAAUUCCCAAUAUUAAACAAAGUGCUCUGGAGUAUUUUGUUUAUACAAUUAGAGACAGAAGAGAAAGAAGAAAGCUCCUGCGGUUUGCCCAGAAACAUUAUAUGCCUUCAGAGAAUUUUAUCUGGGGACCACCUAGGAAAGAACAAUCAGAGGGAAGCAAAGCCCAGAAAAUGCCUCCUCCUCUAGCCUCUAGUCAAAACAGUCAAAGUUCUAUGCACAAGAAAUCCAAGGACUCCAAAAAUUCCUCCACAGCUGUUCAUUUAAAUAGCAAGACAGUGGAAGAAAAAAAAGAGCCAGGGCUAGAAACAGACAGGCCCAGUCCAGAACCCAGCAAUGAAGCUGCCAAGUCAGGACACACAGACAAGGACAGUAAUGCUGAAAAUUCACAUUCUCAGCCUGAGAAAAUAGCCACCAAUUCUGCAGAAUUAAAGGAAAAUGGAUCUCCUUCAGGAAAAGAUGAAGAAGGCGAAAGUCAUAUUCUAGACUGUGACAAUCCUACAGAUUCCAGUAGCCAGGAUGAGGUACUAGUACAGUGAAUCAUUAGAAAACCACAGACAGGCCCAUUUAAGUUAAGGGGAUAGAGAAAGCACUAUCUAAAAUUUAUUCUAAAGAACAGAGAGGAGGUCAUGUUUCAAAUAUUCACCUUCUGUUUGUGAUUUUUGUUGUAUUUUGUGUCUUUAUUUAAAUCUUGGAUGACAGAUUAAGAUACUUAACAAGAAGUUUUAAGACCAGAUCCAAUAAAAUGAAUGUAUUCUCUAAUGGUUUUAAGGA